CCGCUCUUCACACGGUCCUCCCUCCAAUUCUCGUGCGUCGUGUGUCCUCGGUUCCCCGCGCCCCGUCACUGCUGCGUGCGCCUCGACGUCUGCUCUGCAAGCACAAAGCACGGAAUACGUCACUUCUCGGCGUGUUCGCUCCCUUGGCCGUUCCACACCGCCAACACAGCAGCGACGCAACCCGCACCAGGCUCUCCUCCAGCAGCAUCCUGCCCUUCCACCCGCUGAACCUCUUCUGUGGCUUUGACUAGUCAUGGCGGAACCUACACAGCUGGCUUACCGCACCUCCAAGGGCAUCGGCGUCUUCAACACCGACCCGGUAUAUGAGUCUCUCCCGGGAUUUGAACGGCCCGAAGGCAACCUUCGCUGCUGCUGUUACUCCCCUGACAGCAGGUACUUUGCGUGGGCAUCCCCCGAACAGGUUUCGGUCAUCGAUGCGUCAGUCGGCUACAUCAUCACCACGCUCCCCACGCCCAACGUCUUCGAGCUCGGAUUCUCGCCGCUGGGGACCUACAUCAUCACCUGGCAGCGCCCCGCCAAGGACGACGAAGGAAAUGCUACCAAGAACCUCAAGGUGUGGAGGACUGUGCCCGAGGAUGCAGAGGCCGAGAAUGGACAGGAGCGGACAGUGGUCGGCGAAUACGUGCAAAAGUCUCAGACUGGCUGGAAUCUGCAGUAUACGGCAGACGAGAAGUUUUGCGCCCGCGUUGUGACAAACGAGGUGCAGUUUUACCAGUCUGGCGACUUGAAGACGGUCUGGAACAAGCUCCGCGUGGAGGGCGUGACCGACUUUGCGGUGUCCCCCGGCAAGAACCAUUCAGUUGCUGUUUUUGUCCCGGAGCGCAAGGGGAUGCCCGCCGCAGUCAAGGUCUUCCAGGUACCCCAGUUCGCCGCUCCCGUGUCGCAGAAAACCUUCUACAAGGGAGAUAAAGUGCAGCUCAAGUGGAACGAGCUGGGAACGAGCCUGAUCGUGCUCGCUCAAACCGAGGUCGACAAGACGAACAAGAGCUACUAUGGCGAGACCAACAUGUAUAUUCUGAGCGCCAACGGCUCCUUCGAUUCGCGUAUUCAGCUCGAUAAAGAAGGACCAAUCCACGAUGUGACGUGGUCGCCGAACUCGAAAGAAUUCGGCGUCGUUUACGGUUAUAUGCCUGCCAAGACCACCAUCUUCAAUGCGCGCGCUGUUGCACAGCACAACUUUGAUCUCGGCCCGCGAAACACUAUUCUUUUCUCCCCACACGGCCACUUCGUUCUUGUCGCUGGCUUUGGAAAUUUGGCUGGCCACAUGGACGUUUACGACUUGGAGAAGAACUACGAGAAAAUCUGCACCAUACAAGCAGCAAACUGCACCCACUGCGCGUGGAGCCCGGAUGGCAAACAUAUUCUUACGGCGACCACGAGCCCGCGCCUUCGUGUGGAUAAUGGAAUACGUAUCUGGCACGUUGGCGGCGGCCUUAUGUACAAUGAGGAGAUGGCGGAGCUGUACCAUGUCAUUUGGCGCCCUCAAUCGACGCUUCAACAUCCUCUGGAUGAUCCUCUCCAUCCGAUACCCACUCCACAUCCCUCGGCUCUCGAGUAUCUGAGCAAAAUCAAGACUCCCUCUAAACCCGCUGGCGCAUACCGUCCCCCCGGCGCACGCGGUACCACCACACCUCUGCUGUUCAAGCGAGAAGAUGAGGGAGGCGCUGCAUACACCAAUACCGGAAUCUCGUCUACAACCGCCUCGUUUUCGAACGGCUUCGGAAAGCCUCGCCGCCGUGAGGUGCCAGGUGCGGAGCUUGCCGAGCCUCUGCCACCAGGUGCAGCCCCCGGUGGCGGUGUCAGUUUGACCGGCACCGGAGAAGGCGACGGCGAACUAUCAAAGGCGGCGCUGAAGAACAAGAAGAAGCGAGAAGCCAAGAAGGCGAGGGAGGCGGCGGAAAAGGCUGCGACUCUGGCUGCUGAAGGGAUCACCCCGCCCUCAGGACCGACAAGCGCAGGUCGGAGUCCCGAGCGACGCGAUGGUCGCGAUGGCCGCGAUGGUCGGAACCACCAACGCAGUCGGAGCAAGAAUGGUAUUGGCGGUCAAGGUGAACGGAGUCCUAGCCAGCACCGCAACUACGGUAACAGCCCGCACCGCCGCCAUGGCUCUGGCUUCGAAGACGGCAACUACCGGGCCAACCUAAACCAGCAGCACCACCGCCGCGCUGGCUCUGGCCCUCAGCAACAGCGGGCCGCUCAGCCAGCCCCACCUCCUGCUCCGAUCAAGACUGAGAACCAAGGUCCUGCGCCGGAUCUCACGGUCACGAGCCCCGGUGGUGGGGAUCCCAAGGAUAAGAAGAUCAGGAGCUUGCUGAAGAAGAUCCGCGCGAUUGACGAUCUGAAGAUGAGGCAGGCGGGUGGGGAGAAGCUGGAAGACACGCAAGUCAAGAAAAUUGGCACUGAGGACUCGAUCCGCAAAGAGUUGGCUUUCUUGGGCUUCACGGAGUAAUCGCUUUCUCGUGUUGGUUUGUGUCCUCCAGCGAUCUGGAUGUUUUGCAUUUCCUGGCCCCCGUGUUAUGUCUGAUCUUCGGACGAUGCAACAAUAUCAUACGCCGACGGUUCUGACCUUUAUCCGGGAAGCCUUGCAUCUAGAAUCUUGAUGUUGAAUGAGAAUGGGUGAAGAGGGGAAAGUUGGACAUCGCUGAUAGAAGACAACAAACAUGAAAAUCAUAUUCUUCGCUGUCGAACAAGCUUUCUCGUCUUGAUGGCUAGUUAUUGCAUUCGAGCGGACUCGAAGCAUGCCGCCGGUCUCGGUGCGC